AUGAAGCAUCAGAAGCGCGACUUGUCACGUCCACUUCGAAUCUACGCUGAUGGCCUCCAAAUGAUUGAGAGCCUCUCAGUUGUGAAGUACGAGGAAGUCACCAAUUGGCGAAAUGCCGAUGUUUUGUGGCUGAAAAGGCAUUUUAGCGCAAUACGACCACCUUUGCGCGGAGAACCCGUCAGCUCUCGUCAAUCAGUUUCCCCACGAAAGUUGUCUUACCGUGAAAGACCUCCUGUCGGCCAUCCUCAUGGAUCAGAACUCAGGCGAAGGGCCGGCUUGGUACCAGACAUGCUUCAACUUAAACACGGAAUUACCACAGUUUGUGUCCUAUUUCCUCCACAGAAAAGCACAGUACGUUGA